AUGGAAUUACCAUUGACAACGGAUUCACAUGAUGCCACACAAUCAACUGGUGGUAUCAAUGGCGAUGUCCACUUUACUCCAACCAUGAUAAGUCAAAAAAGGAAAAGACAAGAUGAAGAUGAUCCACAACAGCAACAACAGGUGUUGGCAACCAAUCAACCCAUCGAUUAUAAUCAAUUACCGUUAUGUAGUGGCCGAUGGCUAGCUCUCGAUACUCCCUUGACUGUCGAACAAUUACGUGAUCAAGUACGUAAGCGAAAAAGUUAUGAAAACAAUCAAAGUAUGCGAAAACGUUUACGAAUCACAGGUACAAAAUGCCAAUUAUUACAGGAAUUACGCAGUUAUGAUCAUGCUAAGAUGGACGCUAUCAAAGAUGAGAUACAAGAUUGGGAUAUCCAUCAAUGCUUAGAUCGCUUAAUAGCUUGCUUACAUGAUGAAAUUGAUGAAUACUAUGUUGCACCAUUACUGCGCCGUCUAUGUAAAUUGUUGCAAGUUUAUCAUGCUGAUUUAUACGCCGGCCAAGUUAAAGAAGAAUUAAAUGUUGAUAUGAUUGGUAUAAAUCUUUUCCAGGAAGCUUGCUUUCGCAAUUUAGAUUUUAUCUUAUCUUGUCCACAAAUGAACAAAAUUUUAUACCAGGAUAAAUUAAUCGCUCCUGCAGCAAUUGCACGUCAGGUUAAAAAUCAUCAGCGUCAACUUGCUGUUGAACAAAAUAAAUUAACAGCCACACAAGCACAACAACUAGCAAGUGUUGACGAUUUAGCGGUUGCAAGCGAUCAAAGUAUGAGCUGUUAUAGCCUCUUUCCUACCGCUAUCUUGACACGCAUUGUCCGCGAUCAAUCGGGAAAAUAUGACCGCGAUCGAGCAUUAAAACGCAUCAUUCAACUAUCUAAAGAUACAUUAACGCGUGAAUCAUGUGGUAUGGCAUUAUCCGAAGCUGUCUCACGAAUUUGUCAUUGCUAUCAACUUAAAGAUAAACUUCUCCAAUAUGGUAUUCUUGAGUGUGCCGCCAUCAAUUUCAAGGAUGAUCCAAUGUGCUCUCAACACUUUGCCCAGUUUAUGGAUUCUCUCAAUUGUAGCGAUUGGCGUCAACAAAGUUGUGAUACACUAAUAACUGUACUGGAAUACUUUGUCAUCCCAGCUAUUGAAGGCUACCAUAAUCAUGUACUCGAUAUCGAUUUUAGUGAUCAAGCAUUUUGUGUUGCUCAUCGAUUAUUCUCCUCGCUUCAACAGCCACAAACUUUGGCCACGAUUAUGGAAAAAAUUAGUGAUAAACAUCCUAUUCUCAGUUAUAUGAAAGGCCAAUUGAACGAAGAUAGCCAAAAUUUACGCGGCAUUGAAUUAGGAAAUACGAUCGUAGAACACCUUGAAAAUUGGUCUACACUUUCUCAAGACCAUCCAAUCAAAUUGAAACAUCGUUGGUUAACUUACUCGGAUAGUAUUAAGAAGGAAUUAUCCUCUGAAUUAUUUAUUCGUUUAAGUAAAAUUUCAUCCCCUAAAAGGCAAGAGACCGAUUACCUAUGUGAAGAUAAACAAGCAUAA